CCACUGCAGAAAUUCCUUGGUGGCUUCCAGUUCUCAACUUCCCAGUGUCCUAGUAGUUGCUAUUUCAGCCACAGCCUCCCGACCGACUACUUCUCAGGACAAACGUGCAAGUCAUGACAGCCAAGAGUUCCAGAAGCCCACAACUGCUGCUGUUGGUGACGAUGAGCCUGUGUACGGCUGUGGUCGCCGUGCACUUUCCCAUAGGUUAUCCCGAGCCGUCCCCACCAGCCAAGCCACAACCCCUGCAAGUGCAGAUCUCAAGUGAAAGUGGUAGUGAUGAGGAUGACUCAGAUGAGGUGAUCCUAACGCUCGGCCCAGACGCACAAGAAAGCUCUCCUCGAUUCCCUGCAGGCAUGUUCUCUGAACUCUUUGAAGAAAGACAAGACCUUGCAUCCGAGAAAAUGAGGAUAGAGCCUUUGUUCUGGUACAGAUUCUUCUGGUAAUGCAGUGUUAGCGCGGGUUGUGACAAGCAAGGUGGAACAGUGUAUCGGCAACAAACUUAGCUUUUGCUACCCUAUUUUGAUUAUAUAUAUAUAUAUAUAUAUAUAUAUAUAUAUAUAUAUAUAUAUAUAUAUAUAUAUAUAUAUAUAUAUAUAUAUAUAUAUAUAUAUAUACAUAUAUAUAUGUGUGUGUGUGUGUGUGUGUGAACCAUACAAACUCAUAAGAUUACCUGUGUUGUUUACGAAAUUACAUCCAUGGCACCAAAUAAACAUAUAACAGCAGUUUGGCAGGAUCUUUUCAUUGUUUCUGGGAAGGUGUGCAGAUUGGGAAAGCUGUACACUCAGCCAUGUGUACACAAGUUAUGAAAAGCUUAUUGGUUUCAUUACCUGAUCACCAUUUUAGAUGUCUUGGCGGGGAAAUUUACACCUGGUCUUGACUCGAGUCCAGCCUUCCACUCAGGUGUUCCUCCUCAUUUACGAGAUGGUGUAUGUACACAAGUGUUCCAGCCCAACGGCCCAGCGGGAUACAGCUGUGAGUGCUUCCCGUGUUAGUGAUAAAACGCACCUUCAACUUGCCUUUUUUUUUUUUUUUUUUUUUUUUUUACAGCAUGCAACAAGUUGUACGUUACUUUUCUUUUUCAUAUCAAGCACCUUUGUUAGAUACAUAUUAGUUUUCGCUCAAAAAAUAAAUAAAUAUGUAAAUGAAUAAAUGAAAAAAAAAAAAACAAUACCACGUUAUUUUGGAAGGAGUUAUUGUUUCCUCCCUUUAUUAUGGAGUGCAGAGAACUGCUUACGUAUAUACUUGCUGCCUGAAAAUCUGCUCUUUUUAAUUAACGCAGCAGCAAAGCAGAAGGGAAACAGUGGAACAGGAAGAUUCAACAAAGCUCACACCGUUACUAAGUCUUUAAAAUAUAAUCAUUCUCACUUACGAGGAAAUAAUUUUGUUAAACUUUUUUUUAUGUACAGUGUUAUGAUGAGUACGUGUUGCUAUUGUGUUUUUAUACAUAUAGAAUCCUCCAUUACUUUAAUUUGAUUUUCUUGCAUGUGGAUCUCCCAGAUGAUUAACUGCAAGUGAAUUCUUCAAAUAACUGGUCAUAUUAUGACCUGCGUCUUUUGGCGCUCAUGAUUUAACCCAGUUUAAUUUCUAGCAUUUCAUGUGAUGAUUGGCCAUGAAAACCUCUAAGCUUUACCGGUAAAAUGAUAUCUUUCCAUCGUAAGUCCACCUGAUGCAGCCAUAGGCCGAACAAGCAGGCAUAAUGGCAAAAUGUUUGUUGGUGGAUGGAUGUCGGGCUUAUCAGUAGCUGAACAAUGUUUUGGGUCGACUUCCGAGAAGGUAGCGGAGCUUAGCAGCUUCACUUGUGACGUCAUGGUCUCUCCUCUUAUUCUUCCUCCAAGAGGAAGAUGGUCUUGAUUUUACUUGCCAUCCUGAAUCCUGACUUUUCCCAUUGGAACAUAAAACACGACUUUUUAAUGCCCCGAGGGAUAUCCAAGAAGUUAAAUCCCGCAUGAAUGUGUACAAGAUAAAAAUCAGAAUUCCUGGAUUAAGCUUAAGGAAAUUAAAGCGUAAUGAUAGCAAGCUUGCUGUCAACAGGAUACUGUUAAGGAACAUGGCCAUUAUGUACAUGUGUGCGACCAUUGAUAUUGUAUGGGUGUGAGUAGUAGGAAGACAGGAUGUGGUGAUGAGGUGUGGAGUAGUGAUGAAUGUUAGGAAAAUAUAUAUUGCGAUGGUAUGGACACGUCAGGAGAGAUGAUAGUUAUAUAAGUACUCAGCAAUGUUAAACAGCGGUCAAUGGGAAGACAUCAACGCAAUACGGUCUAAAAAAAAAAAAAAAAAAAAAAAAAAAAAAAAAAAAAAAAAAAAAAAAAAAAAAAUCAAGAUGUACAACUUAGUAAGCUGAAUUAUAGUACUGAUGUAGAUAACCAGGUAACCUGAAGAUGAUAACCAAGGUAUUGAGGAUAAAAACUGACAUCUUUCUAAAAUCCUGCAUCUCCCUCACUGCUCCAAGUUACUUCAUGGGGCUCAAACGUACAAAUAUAUACUUCACAAACUUUAAUACUGGAAUCAAGAACAAUUGGAGUUCAUAGUAUUUUAAGACAGAAAAGAUAGCUUGCUGGAGGAAAAGCUCCCUUCACCAUGACUGCCACCCUCAAUCCUCACUCACUCUACAUUUUUCAAAAUAACAAUAAAUAUAGAUGCCUUUCACAAGCUUAUCUCAUGCAAAGUGUGGGUUGGUGAAAUGACAUUAUUAAUGUCAAGUUGUAUUCCAGUCAUUCCCUUCCAUUCUCAAUGACAGAUGCUGCCUCAGUGCUUGCAUAGCUUGGUAAAGGAGUGAGGAGAGGGCCUGAUGCUUAGCCGUCAGAUUUCUUUCAGUCCCUGAUGGAAGAACCCCUUACUCCUUGAACCUUGCUACAUGCCCUCCCUAUAACCCUUACCUGCACCCAGAAACCUGUAUGGAAAGGGAACUGUGUCUGUGCAUGUGAGUGUUAAUUUCUUAUUGCAAUGAAACAUGACUGAGGAGCGAGAAGAGGGUCCAAGUUUUAGUA